UUGCAGUUGUAGUUAUCAGAUGUUUUGAUAUGAUAUCAGAUCAGUUACUGCCACAGAUUUUGGUCGACUGAAAUGUAAUGCGAAGUUUGCAAAAAUGCAGCUAUAAACAAUUACAUAUGAACAUUGCAAUAUGAACGCGGAUGCGGAUGUGGCUUUCACGAGCUUUUACAGCACCGUGGGAAGCCAGUUGCAGCAUGCCGACCUGUCGCUGUCCACGCCCAUACACUCGCUGGAGCCCGAUAACUUCAGCGGCUUCUUUGACGACGAGUCCGCACUGCUAAGCAUUCCAUUACCCAUAGCAACUGGAGCAGCUGCAGCGAGCAGCCACAAGAGCAGCUCCGCUGGCAUUGUCGAUUCGCCCUGCAUUCCAUUCGUACAAAUCCAUACGACCGACUUGCAGCAGCAGCCUCAGCCGAGUCGCAGCUAUCGCAAUGGCUUUCGCCGAAAGACAGCGGAGAUUAAGUCUGAGGCCGAGCUGAUCAAAUCGGAGCUGGCCGAGGCGGCGGCCAAGGAGCGCACCAAUGCCACGCCCACACCGCCAACAGCAAAGGCAAUAGCCAGCGAGAGCUGCCAGUCGGAUUUGCCGUUGAACAAAUGUCCCAGUUGUCCGUUCCUGAGUCUCUGUCCGCUAAAGACGCAAACGCACAUCAGCAGCUGCUUUGGCAUAGAUGCACAGCAUCGACUGCUCUGCCCAGGCUGUGCGAAUGUGUUCUAUAGCAUAGAAGUGCUAAACCUGCAUCUUAGCGCUGACCAUCAGCUGGAGCCGCAGGAGAUAGCCGCCCUUGCCAAGGCGAAUGACUCGUCAGCCAAAAAGCCCCCUCAGCCCAUGUCGCAGCCCAAGAGUCGCAUCUACAUCAAGAAUGUCAAUUGCCUGCGUGAGCCACAGCUGCCCGACUUUCUGCCCCCAGAUGACAAUAUACUGGAUCUACUAGACGAUGUGGAGGAAGCUAGCAACUGCUCCAAUCCACAACACCAGCAGCAGCAGCAGCAGCCGCAGCAGAGUCAAGUGCUACAGGAGCAGCCCAGUUCAGCUGUACAAAAGAUAUCUAUCAAGAGUGUCGAUGUUCUCAGGGAGCCAGCGCUGUUGCCCUUUGAUUUUCCCAUGCCCAGCAAUGAGGCCCAGCAGCAGCAGCAGCAGCAGGAGGUGGAGCAGCUGCCUCCUCUGAUGAUCAACAACAAUCUGCUGGAGAAGCCGCGCCAGCCGAAGAUCUACAUAAGGAAUGUGGACAUAUUGAAGGAGCCCAUGCUGCUGCCAGGCAUGGGCUUCGGCAAUGCGACCGCCUCGACUGUCGCCAGUCCUGCGGAGGUCUUCAACGCGGAGACACUGCUGACACCAACGGGUGGGCCGCUGCCUGGCUUUGAGCCACUGACCAGCAUGUGCCCUGAUGCCUUCAGCUUUGACUCUGUACUGAGUGGUGCGAGCGGUGCGGGCCACAGCGCCAGCAGCGGCAGCAGCCACAAUUUUAGCGCUCUGGAUCUGGACUUCAGCGUGGACUUUGAGCAGAGCGUGCAAUUGGCUACGGAGUCCGAUCAUUCACUGACCAGCGAGCAGCAGCAGCAGCAGCAGCAGCUAACGGAACUGGCUCCUCAGGAAGAGCUCAACCGUGAGCUGGAUAACUAUUUGCCCCCAGCAGUGCCAGCAGCAACAGCAACAGCAACAGCAGCAGGAACAGCAACAGCUACAGCAACGGCAACAGCAACAGUUGCAGCAACUACCACAGCAACAACAACAACAGCAACCACGUCGAAGCAGAAGAUCUUCAUCAAGAACGUGGACAUCCUGAAGGCGCCUCAGCGUGGCACGCUCCAUCUGCGCACCGUGGACGAGCUGAAUCUGAUGAAUCGCAACGAGGUGGAGCACUUGAUUGUGCCGAACCGUGAGCCGCUGCCCCUGGAGCUGCCACUGAAUGCACCGGCUGUGGCCUUGGAGCCUUCGCUUGUGGACUUGCCGCCGCCUCCUGCACCGCUGAGCUAUGACGAUGGCUACGAUUUGGCCGAGGACCUGGAGUGCUGGCCCUGGAUGGAUGACGAAGUGGAAGAAGCGGACCCGCAACCCGCGCAGCUGCAACUGGAGCCGCCGCACAACGACCCUCUGGUCAAGGACUUCCCGCAGCUCUAUGCGCCGCCAGCCGCCACUUCGGGGCCUGUGCCGCCCCUGGUGCCAGUCACCGGCUCGAUUGACGGCGCCGCAAGUGCUGCAGACAGUCUGAGUGGACUGCCAGUGCCGCCGCUGGUGCCUCUGCCCAGCGAGAAGCCCGCUCGCAUCUACGUGGCCAACAAUUUGCUGCCCACCACUGCUGCCGGGACUGCCGCUGUGGAGCAGCCUCCAGUUGGCGGAACCUCUGUGCGCGGUCGGCCCUAUGGCGCCAAACAGGGGGCGGGUCAGUCGAAGCGUCGAUUGGGCCAGGGCGCAGCGGCUCAGCAGCAGGAGCCGAGUGGCAAGAAGUGCACCGUCGAGGGCUGCAUGUUCCGCUUCAAGUCGCCGGCGACGCUCGAGUACCACGGGCGGUGCCACAAUGGAGCCCUGGGCUCUGCCCAGCCCAUGAUCUGCCCGGAGUGCAAGUCGACGCAGUUCAGCAACUGGAACUGCUUGCACACGCAUCUGUGGCGGACGCACGCCAUCGACAUGGAGCUCUACUGCUGCCAGCUGUGCAACUUCAAGACGCCGAUCUACUCACGGCUAGUGAACACCCACGCGAAGAUCCACUCCGAGGAGCGCAACUACAAGUGCGAGCAGUGCGGCAAGGGCUUCAAGAACACCAAGCAGCUGAAGAACCAUCGGCGGCUGCAUCGCACCCAGGGCUUGGGCAUGGGUAAGCCCGCCAGCGAGGAGCAGCAGCAGAAGCAGUCGCAGCUGCAGCCAAUCCUGCCCGUGCUGCAUCGGUGCGAGGAUUGCGGAGCUGCUUUCAAGCACCGGAAGACACUGCGCGAGCAUCUGUGCAAGCAGCGCAACGAGCAGCCGCAGUGCCCCACCUGUCAGCGCGUGUUCAGCUCGAAGAGCAGCUUGAAGCUGCACAUGCGCAGCCACCAGGCGGACAAGCGGUUCAAGUGCGACAAGUGCGACUACGAGGCGAACGACCACAACGCCUUUCGCCGUCACAUGGCCACGCACCGGGAGCAGAAGCGCUAUGCCUGUCCGCACUGCGACUUCCGUGCCAUCCAGAGCACUGCCUAUCGGAUACACCUGCAAAAGGUGCACCCGGAGCUGGAGCUGUCCGCUAUUAUCCACAAGUGCAAUGCGUGCAAGUUCUCGAGCAUCAAUCACGGCCUGCUGCUGGUCCACCAGGCCAAACAUCAUCCCGUCGAGCCAUCAACUGCGCAGUCGAAUUCCAAGAUCAAAGUGAAAAGCAGCCUCUAGCUCGCACAUUCCGCAGAUGCUCAAAAUCCAUCGACCUAGACGUCUUAUCAAGAACCAUAUAUCAAAAUAUGUACACUAAGUGCGGGCGCGUAGCUAGUAGAACUUUUAUACCAAAUUAUAUAUAUAUACAUAUAUCUGUAUGCUAGGUGCAUGCAUGUUUGUGCACGUAGUGUGCGACGAACCAAUGUUAGUUAUGUCCAGAAACUGUUGUUAAGUCUGUUCAAGUGAGACGAUCCUCGUUUGUGAUCUGUGCAUGUUUUACAUUUACAACCAUUUUUAUAUAGUUCUAAACAGAUUCAAUUGUAUGUUUUAUAUAUACAUAUAUAUAUAUUGUAAGUCAUUAUUUGGUGUUGUUACUGUAAGUGCGUAUAUCGUAUAUCGAACGAAGCAAAGAAAAUACAAUUCAAAUUUCUUAUUGUUUUCGAGUCA